AUGAAAUUAUGGAAUGAAAGUUUUAAUGCAGAUGAAUCACAAGAGAAACAAGGAAGUCUUUUUCAACAGUAUCUAAAUCCACACUAUGAUAAACAAAUAUCAAACGAAAAUCAAAAUACGAAUCAAUCAAACGAUUGGCAACUUCCUGUAAUCGACACAAAUGACUCAACUUCUAAUUUAACACAUGAAGACAAUUCAAUUAAUAAUGAACAAUCUGCACCACAUCAACCUGCAAUCAACUCGAAUGAUCUUCCAGAUGAAAAUAUUCAAUAUACAGCUUUAAUGACAUUAAAUUUCCAAGCAUUUCCAUGUAUAUCAUCAAGCUUUUCUAAACAAAUACACAAAUAUCGAGAAGAACCUUCGAAAGAACCAACAAUUGUAACUAAACCACAAAAAUAUACUAUUAUACAUCCAAAUGGAGAAUCGAAAUCAGUUCUAUGGAAGAGAGAUAAUAUUUGUGCACAAUUUAAAAAAAUAUUCGAUGAUAAAGAAUAUAACUAUGACUUAUAUGUUAUUGUGGACAAAAAUGAAACGUUUUUAUGA